GGAGGGAGGGGGAGGAAGCACCUUUGGAAAUAAUCCUUUCUCCCUGCCGCAGAAGAGAGGAGAGGGCAGAGAGGCGGCGGCAGCGGGAAGAGUGGGGCUUGCAGGAUGGCGACCGUGGUGGUGGAAGCGGAGUCGGAGCCGUCCUGUAGCAUCCCUAACCCGGCAUCUACCUCUCCCAGCCUUUCGCACCGCUUCCUGGACAGCAAAUUUUACCUGCUAGUGGUCAUCGGGGAGAUAGUGACCGAGGAGCACCUGCGACGGGCCAUAGGCAAUAUCGAGCAAGGAAUCCGAUCGUGGGACACAAACCUGAUUGAAUGCAACUUGGAUCAAGAACUGAAACUCUUUGUAUCUCGACACUCAGCACGAUUUUCUCCUGAUGUUCGAGGACAGAAAAUUCUUCACCACCGAAGUGACGUUUUAGAGACCGUCGUCCUGAUCAACCCUUCAGAUGAGGCGGUCAGCACUGAGGUGCGCUUAAUGAUUACAGACGCUGCCAGACACAAACUGCUUGUACUGACCGGACAAUGCUUUGAAAACACAGGAGAACUGAUCCUCCAGUCGGGCUCUUUCUCCUUCCAGAACUUCAUAGAGAUUUUUACUGACCAAGAGAUUGGGGAAUUACUGAGUACUACCCAUCCUGCCAACAAAGCCAGCUUAACCCUCUUCUGUCCCGAGGAAGGGGACUGGAAGAACUCAAACCUUGACAGACAUAACCUUCAGGACUUCAUCAACAUUAAACUCAACUCAGCUUCGAUAUUGCCCGAAAUGGAAGGACUUUCAGAGUUCACUGAGUAUUUGUCAGAAUCAGUGGAAGUCCCAUCUCCCUUUGACAUCCUGGAGCCUCCCACAUCAGGAGGAUUUCUGAAGCUCUCCAAGCCCUGUUGUUACAUUUUCCCAGGGGGGAGAGGCGAUUCAGCACUGUUUGCUGUCAAUGGAUUCAAUAUGCUUAUCAAUGGAGGAUCAGAAAGAAAAUCCUGCUUCUGGAAACUGAUUCGACACUUGGACCGUGUGGAUUCCAUUCUACUCACCCACAUUGGAGAUGACAACCUGCCAGGCAUCAACAGCAUGCUACAGAGGAAAAUUGCUGAGCUGGAAGAGGAGCAAUCUCAGGGCUCCACCACCAAUAGUGACUGGAUGAAAAACCUGAUCUCCCCUGAUUUGGGAGUUGUGUUUCUCAAUGUACCUGAAAAUCUGAGAAACCCUGAUCCAAACAUCAAGAUGAAGAGGAGCAUUGAAGAGGCUUGCUUCACCCUCCAAUACUUAAACAAAUUGUCCAUGAAACCAGAACCUCUCUCCAGAAGUGUAGGCAAUACCAUUGAUCCCGUCAUUCUUUUUCAGAAAAUGGGAGUAGGUAAACUUGAGAUGUAUGUGCUCAACCCAGUCAAGAAUAGCAAGGAGAUGCAAUACUUUAUGAACCAAUGGACUGGAACCAACAAAGACAAGGCUGAACUAAUCCUGCCAAAUGGCCAAGAAGUAGAUAUCCCCAUUUCCUACUUGACCUCAGUUUCCUCUUUGAUCGUGUGGCAUCCAGCAAACCCUGCUGAGAAAAUCAUCCGAGUCCUGUUUCCUGGAAACAGCACCCAAUAUAACAUACUAGAAGGACUGGAAAAACUCAAACAUUUAGACUUCCUGAAACAACCCAUGGUCACCCAGAAGGAUCUCUCUGGCCAAGUGGCUAGUCCAGCAGUGAAACAAGUAAAACUGAAACAGAGAACAGAUAGCCGGGAAAGUCUCAAACCCGUUGCAAAGACACUCUCUAGCAAACCAGUCAGAAAGGAGUCUAAAGAAGAAACACCUGAAACGACUAAAAUCAACCAUGUGGAAAAGGCACCCAAAAUUGAAAGUAAAGAAAAAGUGAUCGUGAAAAAAGACAAACCAGUAAAAACAGAAACCAAACCUUCAGUGCCUGAAAAGGAGGUUUCUAACAAAGAAGAUCAUUCUGUGGUGAAGGCUGAGGUUGCUGAAAAGCAGGCCACAGAUGUCAAACCCAAGGUCACCAAGGACAAAAUUGUGAAAAAGGAAGUGAAGGCAAAAUCUGAAGACAAGAAGGAAGAGAAGGAAAAGCCAAAGAAAGAGGUGUCUAAAAAGGAAGAAAAGACUCCUCUCAAGAAGGAGGAGAAACCUAAAAAGGAAGAUGUCAAGAAAGAAGUCAAGAAAGAAGAGAAAAAAGAACUCAAGAAGGAGGUAAAGAAAGAAACACCACUGAAGGAAAUCAAAAAGGAGGUGAAAAAGGAAGAUAAAAAGGAAAUUAAGAAAGAAGAAAAGGAAAUCAAAAAAGACAUUAAAAAGCUUCCUAAAGACACAAAGAAAUUAUCUACUUCUAUCUCUGAAGCCAAAAAGCCCAUAUUGAAACCUAAAGUGCAGAAGAAGGAAGAGCCCAUUAAGAAAGAGGCCGCUGCCAUCGGAAAGCCAAAGGACAAAGGGAAAAUCAAGGUGGUUAAGAAAGAAAGCAAGGUCUCCGAAACCACAGCAGCCGCGGUCGGCACAGCUGCAACAGCUGCUGCUGUAGUAGCAGCUGCUGGAAUUGCCACAACAGGUCCUGCCAAGGAACUCGAAGCUGAGAGAUCCCUCAUGUCCUCCCCCGAAGACUUGACCAAGGACUUUGAAGAGCUCAAAGCUGAAGAAGUCGAUGUUCUCAAGGAGACAAAGCCUCAGCUAGAGCUCAUAGAAGAUGAAGAGAAACUGACAGAAACUGAACAGGUCGAAGCUUACGUCAUCCAGAAAGAAACUGAAGUUAUUAAAGGUCCCGCCGAAUCUCCCGAUGAGGGCAUCACCACAACGGAAGUGGAGGGGGAAUGUGAACAGACCCCUGAGGAGCUGGAGCCAACGGAGAAGCACAGGGAAGAUGACAAUGAAAAGUUUGAGGAUGAGGGGACGGGUUUUGAAGAAUCAUCAGAAGCUGGAGAUUAUGAAGAAAAGGCAGAGACGGAGGAAGCUGAGGAGCCUGACUAUGACGGCGAUGAAAAUGCGCCUCUGAGCAGUGCCAAGCGUGGUACAGAGGAGGCGAGAGUCCUUGAUGAAGAGGAGGAAGCGGAGGAGGAUAUGAAGGUGGAGGCAGAUGGACAUGGUAAAGAAAAAAGGGAAUCUCUGGCAGGUGGCGACGAGCGAGCUGAAGAAGACAUGGAUGAGAUCAUUGAGAAAGCGGAAGCUGAAGAGACAGAGGAGGAACUAGAUGAGGAGGAAAAAACCGAGGAUGCCAGAGAUGAUGACUAUGAGACGGAAAAACAUCUGGCUGAGGAAGAUUAUGUGAUGGCUGUGGUGGACAAGGCAGCAGAGGCUGGUGAUGCUGAGGAUAAAUACGGCUUACUCCUCACACCAAGCAAGCAGUCAGGAGCCCAGUCUCCAGCCAGAGAACCUGCUUCUUCCAUUCAUGAUGAGACUUUGCCCGGUGGCUCAGAAAGUGAGGCAACCGUUUCUGAUGAGGAGAAUCGAGAGGACCAACCUGAGGAAUUCACUGCUACGUCCGGCUACACACAGUCUACCAUUGAGAUUUCCAGUGAGCCCACUCCCAUGGAUGAAAUGUCCACUCCUCGAGAUGUGAUGAGUGAUGAGACUAACAAUGAGGAGAGUGAAUCUCCUUCCCAGGAAUUUGUGAACAUCACCAAAUAUGAGUCUUCGCUGUAUUCUCAAGAAUACACCAAGCCCAAGCUUCCCGAUGCUUUCAAUGGAUUAUCUGAUGGGUCAAAAACAGAUGCCACCGAUGGCAAAGAUUAUAAUGCUUCAGCAUCUACUAUCUCACCACCUUCUUCAAUGGAGGAAGACAAAUUUAGCAAGUCUAUUCUACAAGACGCUUACCAUUCCACUGACAGGGACAUGAAAACCACUGCUAUGCUAGAAAUCAAAGACUCCUCAUCAACAGUUUCAGAUGAAAAAAUUAGUCCAUCCAAGAGUCCAUCCCUGAGCCCAGCUCCUCCAUCUCCAGUAGCAAAAACACCCCUUGGAGAACGCAGUGUAAACUUUUCUCUGACCCCCAAUGAGAUUAAAGUCGCAGCUGAAACUGAAGCUGUUCCCAAAUCUCCUGAGGUGCCUCAGGAAGUCCUUGAAGAACACUGUGCAAGUCCAGAGGAUAAAACACUGGAAGUUGUUUCUCCAUCUCAGUCUGUAGCUGGCAGUGCUGGCCACACUCCUUACUACCAGUCUCCUACUGAUGAGAAGGCCAGUCAUCUUCCAUCAGUUGUUACUGAAAAGGCACCAUCUGUUCCUGUAAGUUUUGAAUUUGAUGAUGCCAAAGAUGAAAAUGGGAAAACCUCAAUAAGCCCUAUGGAUGAGCCAGUGCCUGACUCUGAGUCUCCAAUUGAGAAAGUCUUAUCUCCUUUACGCAGUCCUCCAUUGAUUGGAUCAGAAUCUGCAUAUGACACUUUUCUGACUGCUGAUGUCAAGCCCUCUGGCAGACACGUUGAGAGCCCUUUUGAAGAAAAGAUUGGAAAACAAGAUUCUCCAUCUCAGAUAAGUCCCGUUUCUGAAAUGACUUCCACUGGUCUUUUCCAAGAGAAACAAGAUGAGAAAAGCACUGAAUUUAGACCAAUAAAGGAAGAUUUGAGUCAAGAAAAGAAAAUGGAGGAUUUUGAAGCCAUGGGUUCUCAGCCAGGCCUGACUUUGGAUGAAAGGAAAUUAGCAGGAGAUAUCUCUCCUACACAGAUAGAUAUCAGUCAAUUUGGAUCCUUUAAAGAAGACACCAAAAUGUCCAUUUCUGAAGGCACCAUCUCCGAUAAAUCAGCAACCCCUGUUGAUGAGGGUGUAGCAGAAGACACAUACUCGCACAUGGAAGGUGUAGCUUCAGUUUCCACAGCCUCAGUCGCCACUAGUUCAUUUCCAGAACCAACCACUGAUGACGUGUCUCCUUCUCUGCAUGCUGAAGUUGGCUCACCACACUCCACCGAGGUGGAUGACUCCCUUUCAGUAUCUGUUGUCCAAACGCCUACUACUUUCCAGGAAACUGAAAUGUCUCCAUCUAAGGAAGAAUGCCCAAGACCAAUGUCCAUUUCACCACCAGAUUUCUCCCCUAAAACAGCCAAGUCCAGAACGCCAGUGCAAGAGCAUAAAUCUGAACAGUCAUCGAUGUCUAUUGAAUUUGGUCAGGAAUCUCCUGAGCAAUCUCUGGCAAUGGACUUUAGCAGACAAUCUCCAGAUCAUCCUACAGCAGGCAUGAGCAUGCUCCAUAUAGCUGAAAAUGGACCGACUGAAGUGGAUUACAGCCCUGACAUGCAGGAGUCCAGUUUUUCACACAAGAUACCACCAGCUGAAGAGCCAUCCUAUAGCCAAGAUAAUGAUCUUUCUGAGCUCAUCUCAGUAUCUCAGGUAGAGGCUUCCCCAUCCACUUCUUCAGCACACACCCCUUCACAGGUAGCUUCUCCCCUCCAAGAGGAUGCUCUCUCAGAUGUCAUUCCUCCCAGAGAUAUAUCAUUGUAUUCUUCACUCGCCUCUGAAAAAGUACAAAGUUUAGAAGGAGAAAAGCUUUCUCCAAAGUCUGAUAUUUCUCCACUGACUCCAAGAGAGUCCUCUCCUCUAUAUUCACCCAGUUUUUCAGAAUCCACUUCAGCAUUCAAAGAAGGCACAUCCACUUGCCGCAGUCCUUCCCCUUCGGCGUCAAUGGGUUCUUCCUCUGCUGAGCCCUAUGGCUUCCAUUCCUCCAUGUUAUUUGAUACAAUGCAACACCAUCUGUCCUUGAAUAGCCACCUGCCUUCUGGAACAGAGAAAGAACAAGAGGGGGGGAAGAUACCUGAUGACUUCAGCUAUACCUAUCAGAAAAGUGAGAAAACCACCAGGUCUCCUGAUGAAGAAGACUAUGUGUAUGAGACAUAUGAGAAAACUACUCGGUCACCUGAAUUGGGCAGCUAUUCCUAUGAGAAGACAGAAAGAACUACCAAGUCUCCGCAUGAUAGUGGCUACUCCUAUGAGACGAUUGAGAAGACCUUCAAGGCUCCUGACGAGUCUGGGUUUUCCUAUGAAAUUACAGAGACGACCAGAAGGACUCCUGAAGAAGGUGGAUACUGCUAUGAGACAAGUGAGAAGAUAACCAGGACCUCUGAGGCAGGAGGUUACACCCAUGAAAAGACAGAGAGGACUACAAGACUCUUAGAUGACAUCAGCAAUGGCUUUGAUGAUUCUGAGGAUGGCAGCCAGACUCCAGGAGAUUCUGCAUACUCCUAUGAGACUACUGAAAAAAUCAGCAGCUUUCCUGAUUCUGAAAGUUAUUCCUACGAAACUCAUAAGAGAACAGGCCAGCCUCAUGAGUCUUCCUCCUACUGUUAUGAGACAACUGAGAAAAUUACUAGAACUCCCCAAUCUUCUACAUACUCUUAUGAGACAUCAGACCAGUGUUUUGCUGGAGAAAAGAAAUCUCCCACACAAGCCCGUCAGGAUGUCGAUUUGUGUCUUGUAUCUUCCUGUGAAUAUAAGCACCCCAAGACAGAGCUCUCACCUUCCUUCAUCAAUCCAAACCCCCUAGAAUGGUUUGCCAGUGAAGAACAGACCCAGGAAUAUGAAAAACCCCUCACUCAAGCUGGAGGAGGCCCACCACCCCCGGGAGGAAAGCAGCAAGGGCGUCAGUGUGAUGAAACACCUCCCACAUCAGUCAGUGAAUCAGCCCCAUCUCAAACAGACUCCGAUGUUCCUCCGGAGACAGAAGAGUGUCCUUCCAUCACAGCUGAUGCCAACAUUGAUUCUGAAGAUGAAUCUGAAACCAUUCCCACAGACAAAACCGUCACAUACAAACACAUUGACCCACCCCCCGUCCCAAUGCAAGACCGAAGUCCUUCUCCACGCCACCCUGAUGUCUCCAUGGUAGAUCCAGAGGCCCUGGCUAUCGAACAGAAUCUAGGCAAAGCUCUCAAGAAGGACCUCAAGGAAAAGACAAAGACGAAGAAACCCGGUACAAAGACCAAGUCUUCCUCCCCUGUUAAAAAGGCCGAUGGGAAGUCUAAGCAGUCUGCUGCUUCUCCCAAACCAGGGGGCUUGAAGGAAUCUUUAGAGAAGGUCUCCAGAACUACUUCUCCAAAGAAGAAGGACUCUGUAGAAAAAACAACCAAGACUAGCACCACACCAGAAGUCAAAGCUUCUCGUGUAGAGGAGAAGGAUAAGGAGGCCAAGAAUGCCACCAAUACCUCAACCUCAAAAUCAGCAAAGACUGCAACUGCAGGACCUGGGACUACCAAGACAGCCAAGUCCUCAGCUGUGCCUCCAGGACCUCCUGUGUAUCUGGACCUUGUCUACAUUCCCAACCACAGCAACAGCAAAAAUGUCGAUGUAGAAUUUUUCAAGAGAGUGAGGUCAUCCUACUACGUGGUGAGUGGGAAUGACCCCGCAGCAGAAGAGCCCAGCAGAGCUGUCCUGGACUCCUUGCUGGAAGGGAAGGCUCAAUGGGGAAGCAACAUGCAGGUGACCCUGAUCCCAACUCAUGACUCUGAAGUGAUGAGGGAAUGGUACCAAGAGACCCAUGAGAAGCAGCAGGACCUCAACAUCAUGGUUCUAGCCAGCAGCAGCACUGUUGUCAUGCAAGAUGAAUCCUUCCCCGCAUGCAAGAUUGAAUUGUAAAAAAAACGAAAACAAAAGAACACAACACAACCUUUAAACUUUGUUUCCAGAUAUUCUUCAAUUUGAAACCACCUUUUCUAAAAAAGUUAACCCAUUCAAUUCAACUGCUGAACUAUUUACCUGCCAAAUGCUAUACUGUGUCAUGGUGAUGCAAGUCACUAAUAUUUUUCAGUUUUUGCUGAUCGCUAAAGGGAAGUAACAGUAUUCCCGCAAUAGAGUUCAAAUUACUGCAAAAUUACAAAUCCUGGCUCAUCUCCGCUGAACAUUUGGAAACCAUGCACUAGCAAACCCAACUUGACUUCUGCCCCCCGUAGAGGCAUUGUCUGAGAGAGAGAGAGAGAGAGAGAGAGAGAGAGAGAGAGAGAGAGAGAGAGAGAGAGAGAGAGAGAAUGAGAACAGAAGAGAAAGACAAUGAAAGAGUGAGUGCUGACAAGAUAGAUACUCAGAAAAGGAGAGAGGGUGUAGGGUAAGGGGGAGAAAGUAACAAACAAUUAGGUCUGCACUUGUCUCGGGCAAUAGGUGUAUUUACUUCUGCGGUUUACUUAGACUAUCACAUACAAAGCAAGUUUUCAAUUUAUAUGAGUCUGAGUUAUCAAAAAAUGGUCUUCACUUACUAAACUAAGUUGGCUGGAAAACAAACAAACCACCACCACAACAUAAGCAAGGGAAGUGACUCUGAAGGGACCUGAAAUCUUCCCAUCUUACUUAUUCUAGUUUGAAGUCUGCAUACUGACAUAGCACAAUAAUCCUAGGCUGGACCCACAAGUAGUUGGAACCCCAUUCAGAACUCUCCGAACUUUUCUUUUAACUUGCAAAUAGGUUGGUCUAAGGCAUGCUCCCAGUGUCCACCCACUUAGUCCACUCUGAAUCACUCAACCUGCAUGCGUGAACACCCAAGUCAACAGCCAAUUAACUGAAGCAAAAUACCAAAGCAGUUUGGGAGUACAUACCUACGGUAGACAAUUUGCCUUAGAAAGUGACUUGAAUGUACAAAGAUACUUGAUGCACUUAUUUUUUAACAUGAGACAGCAAGUUUAUAAAACAUCUGUGUAGGAUUAUAGAUACACCAAUCAAAAGAGUGUGCGUGUGCAUGUGUGGUAUUAGGAGCCGAUCUGAUUGGUCCAACAGCUUGGUGCUAUGAGUGACGUAUGUCAAUGGAACACCACCAGCUCCACAUCAGUGCGCUUCGGCCCCUCAACCCAACAAGACGAGCCUUUUUGAAAGCUUCUUUUAUAUUACAGCGAGAUCGAGCCUGAAGUGGCAUCAGUGACCAGAAGUGGGAAAUGUAGUGAACCAUUCUUAUCAAAUGUUGACAGAGGUUCUCAGCGAGUGUACAGUAUUUACCUUCCUUUGUCUUUCCAUUGGCUUUUUAUUUUCAACUAAUUUCAGAGCAAUUAUGGGAACAAGUGUACAGAAGAAUUUUUUUUUUAGCUAUGUGUGAACUUUUCAUAGAUGAACUUUUUAACACAAGUUUUUGUUUACAGGAAAAUGCAAAGAAAAAAAUUUCAGGUGAAGGUAAUUUUAUUUUUUUUAAAAAAGUCUUUUGUAAGACAAAAACCCAUCAAUGAUGUUGUUUGAGGUUUUGAUGAGAAUGAAGUCUGGUUUUGCAGUCAUAUAUUGACAAAAGUCCCUCAACUGCCAGGUUCUUUCCCCACCACUUGGUGUCACAUGCCCCUUCCCCCCACCCCCACCCCUAUAACAUUUAAAUUUGAGUAUUGGUGAUAUUUGAGAGUAGGGAGCAACAGGACAGGUAUGACACUCGAGUAUCUGACGUUUUACUUCUUUUAACACCUUCAGCAAUGAGAUGAAUGAGCCAAAAUACAUUUAAAGAACCCAAGCAAAGUUUUGCUUUGGCAUUUUUUUCUUUGGAAAAACAAAACAAAACAAAAACACAUUUUAAAUUGAGAGUAGUUGAGUUCCCAAUUCCUACACAAUCAUAGCUUAGAAAACAGAGAUCAUUUCUCCCAUUGCAGCCAUUUGGCAUAUAAAUUUGGGAAGUCAAGCUAAGGUUCAGGUGAGAUACCAGGGCUCCCAAAUCUCAAAAGGACACUUUUUAAAAGAAAUUGUGCUGUUCUGCCCAACUCAUGUUUCCUGCAGACUCCACUAAGGUUCACUAAGUAGCUGAACAAUGACCUCAUUUUAUUUUCUGUUUGUUAUUUAUUUCAGAAUUAACAUUGUAGUUUAUUUUUGUUUGAUAAGGUGUAUGUUUGCACUGCUAACUUUUAUGAGGGUUAAAAAAUGUGCUUCAGAGCCCUUUCAUUGCGGGCUCAUGCAGUCCACUUAAUGCUGUGAAUUAAGUUUUUCAAAUGUUUAAUUUAAAAAAUAUUAAUAUUCUAUUUUUGUUAGAUGUCUCUAGCAACACAGCCUUUAUUUAUUACUCUGUCUCUUCAAAAUCCUUUAAAAAAAACCUCAGAAUUAUUAUGGAACAAAAAAAAAACCCACGUACACACAGAGGGAAUGAAUUAUGAAGAAAAUCAAAUUUACCGAGUUCAUAAUCAUUUUCUUAGAAUUUAUUGUAUAGGACAGCUUAUGAAAUGAAAGAAGAAUAGUUUAUUGCUUAAUUGAUUAAUCUGAAUUCUGCUGGUCUUAUGCAGAUAAGAGUCCAAAGUGUGUUUCAGUGGAGGAAGAGCAAACUUGCCACCUUCUUGCCAAACUGAGAACUCUUGGUGGUUUUUAUUUGGCAGGAGGUCCAGUUAUGGUGGGACUCCCCCAGUUAUGUUUGCUUUGGCUCAUGUUAGUUUUGCUUUUAAGCAAACAAAUAUAUAUAUAUAUAUAUAUAUAUAUAUAUAUAUAUAUAUAUAUAUAUAUAUAUAAAAUUUUGACCAAACAGCAGUCCAUUUUCCACUUCUAGUAUAUUUUCUUUUUUGCUGCUACAGAAUUUGAGAAAGAAAGAGGGAAAGAACUGUCACUGGUCAGCUGGCUUUUUCCUAUGAAAUAUUAUAAUUGCUUCCUCUAUCCACCUCCAUUCUAAAUAAUGGCAACAGCCUGAGUUUUACAGAGCAAACCAAGGUUUGCAAUGGGAUAGCUCCUCUUGCCCCAAAGCCCUUCCUGCCCAUGUGAAUAAAUCUGCUAGUUACAGACCUACCCACUUCUUUUAGCACCAAUUAUCACAAUGUACUGUGUACAUUCAUGGUGAGCUCUAUAAAUCAGCACAGAUUUCUAGGAGCAUGGUUUGAUACUGAUUACUCCACUUACAUAGAUUCAAUAUUCGAGUGCAGAGCACACUCAGUGUAAAUGACGUAUUCCCCAUGACAACAUUCACAAUCAUGACCUCGGUGGUAGUACUCUGGACAAAAUUUGAUGGAGAAUGAACAUUAGAGAUGACGCUCCAUUUCCAAUGUGAACCAGCUCUUCCUUCCACCCUCUUCCCCAUGCAUGCUUUCUCAGUCUUGUGGUGGGACUGGAUACAUUGACUCCCUCCAACACCAUCUCCAUGACAUUUAAAAUUUUUUUUUAACUUAACAUAGAUCCCACAGUGUAUAUGAAUGUUUUAAGUGUCUCCAAUAGCUUACACAAUUUAGGAGCUUUCCAAGGCUCAUUCCCUAAGAUUGAAUCAUUUGGUUAAUGGUGUUUUACCCACCCCCAUAUGCUCCCCCCGAUAAACCCACAGCACCCCAAAGCUGCUGUGCUACUUUAGAACUGCUGUCUUGCCUCUAUUUUAGGCACCUGUCCCUGGGAGGUUCUUACUCAGUGAUGAUAUUGUGAGAGUUCUAGUAUUUUUUUUUAAUUUAGUAGAUCAGAAAGCAGUUCUGUUUACAUUUGAAAGGAACUGUAAGCUUUGAUCUUUUAACUUAACUGAACAACACACCAAAAGCAAUCUAGGGGUGAGCAUUUCUUUAAAUGCGAUUAUGUUAUUCACCUGUUAUAAAUUUAUUAAAAACAACAACGACAACAACUGACAAACAAAAACCAACUUGUUUGGUGUAACUUCUGCUAAAGAGAAUUGAAGAGGCAGCACCCACGAAAAGUCGGAAAACACAACAAAACAAACAAAAAGCUUCUCUGUACUAAAGUAGUUUGGCUCUCCAGAUGACAAGAGGUACUGAGGACAUAUGCUUUAUAGACUGGGCUGCCUGAACAGUGGCAGCAACGCCACUGACGGAGGCUGUGGCGAGAUGUCUCUCGUACACUGCCGCCUCUUGCUGAGCUCAGGAAGAAAGUCUUGAGCUGGGCUGGGAAGCACCUCACACACUCCUCUCUCUUGUUCUGAAUGGUGUUUGUGUCAGUCUGCAGCUGUGGAUGGUAUUACGUCUUAUAAUCCUGCAUCACUUCUAUUCUAUCCAGUCAUAUCUAAUGUAGAAAAUUAGUUUCCAGUGAAAGUAAUAUGUAGUGCUUUUAUGACAUUCGUGUGCAAUAUCCCCUCUUCCAUUUGAUGUAAAGGAAACAAACUCAGUUCCACAAUAAAAAUACAAAAGUGGUAAAAAGA